GAGAGCGCCCCUGGGCCGAGGCGGCUGAGAGGACUGACAGAGCACAGAACCAGCUGUGGGACUAGCUCCGAAUGAAUGGCUCUUUGUGAUUUGGCUGACGUUGUAGCCCUGAAGGUCCAUUGCUCCCCUUUACCCCUCCGCCCUCAGAGCUACUGGCAUGACAGCAUGGGAAACAAUGCAAGUACGACAACAAGCAUGGCUAUUAUGAUGUUUGGGUACUAAAGAAGGGGCAGCAGAGAACUGGGGAGCCGUGGUCCUGUCCCUGCAGCUACAGUAGCUGGUGAGAGUUUGUGGGCGGCUCUGGGACCGGUGGUCGCACACUCAGGAUGGCCGAGGUGCUGCGUAUGGAUCCCACUUUUCCAGGGAAACUCAACCCGCCUGCUCCCACUUCACUUCAUGGCAAAGAACAGGAGGCACCCUACUCAGUGGAGACCCCGUAUGGCUAUCGUCUGGACCUAGACUUCCUCAAAUACGUCAAUGACAUUGAGAAAGGAAACACGAUUAAGAAGGUGCCUAUUCAGCGGCGACCGCGUUAUGGCUCCCUGCCUCGAGGUUAUGGUUAUGCGGGCUCAUGGUGGACCUCCACAGAGUCUCUGUGCUCUAACGCCAGCAUGGACAGUCGGCACUCCUCCUUCUCUUAUUGCGCCCCAGGGUAUCAUACCACCCAGAGGAGUGGCUUCAGCACGGCCCGAGUGGAGAAGACCCUCCUGGACGCUCGCAAGAGGCUGGAAGAGGAGAAGGAGAGCCGCAGGUUCUCCAAUCUAGGCAGCAUGAACAGCAGUGUGGCUGGCUCCAACACCUCCAUCAGCAGUGCACACAGCUUCAACAGAGCACAUGGAGCAGGGGGGUCCUUCACCCCCUUGAGCUCAGGACUGUCUACUCCUGUCACCCCCACCCCCGCCCAUCUGCAGCACGUGAGGGAACAGAUGGCUGCAGCCCUCCGCAAGAUCAAGGAGCUGGAGGAGCAAGUCAAGACCAUUCCAGUGCUGCAGGUGAAAAUCUCUGUGCUCCAGGAGGAGAAGCGGCAGCUCAGCGUUCAACUCAAGAGCCAGAAGUUCUUAGGUCACAGUCUGAGCUUUGGCCGAGGUCGUCCCAGAGGGGAGCUCUACAUCGACAUCCCAGAAGAAGAUGUUAGCGCUGGGGCUAAGAGCAGCAGUAAGAUGGCCAUGCAGCUGUCUCCCACCUCUCCAGAAGCCUCCAAACAGGACUCAGGAUGUGAGAUUGAGGACACAGUUAUCGUAGGUGGGGCACGGCCGAGUGCAAAGAGGGAAGUGCGCACUAUUGGAGUAGGACCCGAGGGCGAGCGGAGUAAAAGGCAUGUUGGAGUCGGCGUUCACGAGGAGGAUCUGGGGCUUGUCCCGGAGACUCUGGCCUUAAAGUCUCAGGUGGGACAGCUGGAAGGACAGUUAAAGAGGACAUUACAGGAGCUGCAGGUUGCACAGAGACUGGCAGAGCAGGCUCAGAGGGCACCUCUGGCAGAGCACCCCGUCAUGGCCACUAGCACUGGCUGGCAGGAGCCAGCAGGGGGCAGAUUACACACAUUAGUCAGCUUCACACAGCAGCCUGAGCAGAAAGAGCAGAGGACUGUGGGCAUCCAGGUGUACACUCUGGAGCAGCCCACUGUGGUGGAGGUGGGCACACUGCUUCGAGCUCAAACCUGUCAAUCUCCAUCUGCUCCACCAGAACCAGAGGUCAAGCAGAGGCAACUUGAAGAUGGUCCAGUUGAGUUGCCGCUCGCUGUCAGCUCAGUCCAGGUACGAGAUGUGUUGAAGAGUGAGCUCUCAACUUCAGUUCCAGUGGCUCUCCCGGUGAUCGCUGUUGGUGCAGCAGUGAAUCAGAGCAGCACCAUCAUCAUAAAGGAACGUGAGGUUCAAAUGAUUUCAACUGCAGAAGUCCAGUCAGAGGAGAAUGCCUCACAGACAGCUUCACCUAAUUCUUCUCUACGGUCAAUAAUGAAAAGGAAAGCUGAGGGCAAACCAGGUUCUCCUUCCACUAAGAAAAACCUACAGUUCAUAGGAGUAAAUGGAGGUUAUGAAUCUACAUCAUCAGAAGACAGCAGUAGUGAGAGUUCAGAUGAAGAGAGUGACUCCAGUGAAUACCACGAAGCCAGAGAAAAACUGCCAGAAUCCACAAUCACACACCAGCAGAUAAUGCACACACUAGAGCAGGAGAACAACACUGUACCUCAACAAUCAGCCACAGACCCACCAGCUAUCAGCCAAGACCAGCAAACUCCCACCCAGUCUCCAAAUGUGGACACAAAAAUGCCAGAAGAGGUCCAUUCACCAGCACUGGAGACUAUAGAAGAUACAAGCGAACCACUGCCACCUCCACCAGACCCAAGCAUGUUUAUUUCUGAAGAUGUCAGCCAAUCAGAACUAGAACAACAAGAAGCACAAGAAAUACCCACUACUGCUACUACUACUACUACUACUACUACUACAACAACCACUGCAACUGAACAAACAUCUACAAACACAUCAACAGAGCAAGAACAGCCAUGUGUUACUGAAGCCACACAUAAUUUAACUGUCCAAUCAGAAACUGUCGUACAUUCUGACCAAUCUGAAAGCCAUUCUAGUCAACCAGAGUCUGUACCAGAGGGGGCUACAAGCAAUGUCGGCUCACCACCACCUAAACCACCCAGACUGGAGUUGAGUGACAGCCUGUUGUCAGCGUUGUAUGCCCUGCAGAAAGCUCUGGGGGACCCAAAUGCUUUCAGCCAACAAGAAGCACGGACAGCGUACACCACCGUCCUACAGGAAUGGCUGCGUGUGUCCUGUCACAAGGCUGCAGACCCCCUCAUGGUCAAAGGGUACAUGGACACCUUUGCCACUGUCUCCCCUCAGCUGCUGGAGUUUAUCAUCAACAUGGCCGACGGCAAUGGGAACACAGCGCUGCACUACACUGUUUCUCACUCCAACUUCCCCAUCGUCAAACUACUGCUCGACACAGGUUUGUGUAAUGCGGACAAGCAGAACAAGGCGGGCUACACGGCCAUCAUGCUCACUGCUCUGGCUGCUUUUCACUCCGACAGCGACCUCCAGACUGUGCUGCAGCUGCUGCGCACUGGGGACGUCAACGCUAAGGCCAGCCAGGCUGGUCAGACCGCUCUGAUGCUUGCAGUUAGUCACGGUCGUGGGGACAUGGUGAGGGCGCUGCUCUCCUGUGGGGCUCAGGUGAAUAUUCGAGAUGACGAUGGUUCUACAGCUCUUAUGUGCGCCUGCGAACAUGGCCACGUUGAUAUCGUCCGACAGCUUCUGUCUGUGCCAGGGUGCGACGCAACUCUCACCGAUAAUGAUGGCAGUACUGCUCUGUCUAUCGCCUUGGAGGCCAGUCAGAACGACAUUGCAGUUCUUCUGUACGCUCACCUCAACUUCGCAAAGCCUCCUUCUCCUGUUUCUCCAAAGUCUCCACUCCUAGGUUCCUCUCCUCCAUCGAGUGACUUAAAGUAAACUGCCAGUUCUCUCUCCAUUUUACACUGACUGCUCAUAAUUGUCUGCUUUUGUCUUUAUAACAUGAAGCUAUGAGUUUUUACCCUGUGUAACGUAUGCACAUCAAUAUGCCAGCUUCACUUUAUGUUUUAAAAUAGUGUGCUCCUGUUUGAAGUCCAUAACAUUAUCUGUGGAAAUUUUACCUUGCAAUAACAAUGUUGUUUUUAGCACUGUUUAAUCAGCACUUAAAGCCAAACUCGUUUGCUGAAGUAAAUUGUAAAGUGUGUGUAAACCACUUCAUUAAAAAUACAUUAUUACAUAUAAGUAACAUAUUUUUCAAAAUAGAAUUGCUUUUGAGUUGUCAUCCAACAAAAUCACAGAAACAUCAGUAAGUGUCCUUGCAUUAACUAUCUUGGUGCUGCAGCAGAAAAACUUCAGUUCAAUCCUAAAGCCAAUUUGAAAUUCUUAAUUUACUCAAGAUUAUUUUUAUAUUGUUUUUUGUGUGGCCUACAAUGAGAACAGUACUUUUUCUUUUAGAACUUUAUAAUAAAAAACAUGUACACCAAGAAGCCCAAAUAUGAUUUACCUUGCCUUUCUGGCGCUAGAUAUAGUUACAGGAAUGUGGUACUUUGCAGUUUUAUACAUGAAGGUAUUUUCAUUGGUGUCUCUGGAAGGAUGUAUUGAGUAUUUUGUAUUGAAAUUUUGUAUGUUAAGAGUUUUAGAGUGUAAAAGAAAGAUUGAUAAAUACAAAGGAUACUGGAAAGAUUUGGCAGGGAUUCAGAAAGUUUCUCAACAGGAUUUGUAAGAUAAAAUGUAAGAAUAAUAUAUGCCUAUGUUUAGAGUCAAAUUUUUAAAGGUUAUUGAUGGAUUUGAAAUUUUAUUCUUUUUUUUUUUAAAUGUUCACAAUUUUUGUAUCCUUUGGUUACUGAAAUAUUUUUUUUAUUUAAUAUCUAUCUUUUUACACAUUUAUAAUUUUCAAAAUCUACGUUUGUAAUCGCAAAGGGGCUUUAGUUUGUAAAGGUUUAUGUAGGAUUAUGUUUUUUCAAUGUUCUAAUUUGUGCAUUUUGGAUAAUAAACACUAUAAAGUCUACAUAGAAAUGUUGACCACAUUGUUCCUUGAAGCUUUGUGAUUUAUUGUCUGUAAAGUAUACCCCACUAAAGGGGGCUUCUUUAAGCAGAGGUGAGACAUACAAGUAUUUUGUAAAUUGUGGUAUUUAAAAAU